UAACAAAUAAAUGACCGAAAUAAAACGGUUAUGCCAUAGGAAAGCUCAUAUAACGAAGAUGUGUUGACAGUAAGGUUAUCAAUGCCGCAGUGAGGCAUGCCCCGCGGGGAUGAACAUGCCUUUUACGGAAAAAUAUAAGGUUACUGUGACCAUGAAACACUUUCUUAUAUCAAACAAAAUGCACGUACAAAGUAAUAUCUAUUUGCAAAAAAUGCGAAAGGUGGCAACCACGAAGAGCUGCAAAGACUGCGAACAACAUUUCAUAAAUGCCAUCGAUCUUGUUAAGCAUAUGAAAGAAUUUCAUUUCGACUCCAGACCGUAUGUAUGCGCUAUCUGUCAAGUCAGGUUCAAAAGAAAAGAUCACCUAAAGAGGCACGAAGAAAGACAUAACGAUGUUAAAAUACGUUAUAAGUGCAACGUAGAUGGAUGUAAUAAAAGCUUUGCAACUGAAAGAACACUGGAUGUACAUCGAUUCAUACACCAAUGUAAUGUCAACUCAAAUGUUAUGUACAUCCUGGGACAUUUAGUGAAUAUCAAAGAAGGUGGAUCAAUAAUUACGUGCUCACAUGAAGGAUGUGGGAAGUCUUAUGCAUCCUAUUCAGGAAUGUGCAAACAUAUAAAAAGGGACCAUAUACAACCGAUGCGUGCUAAAAUACCACAACAUAACACAGACGUCAAUAAUCAGAGUGAUAUAGAAGCUAAAUACGACAACAAUAUUGAACUAGAAAUAAAACGAGCACUGGAAGUCGAAUUGGAACCUACAUUGGAACUUGCAGUCGAUUUGGAUACAAACACGCAACCAAAUCAAAUAUGUGAACCAAUGCGAAACCUAGAAACAGAACGAAAAUCUAAUGCAGUAUUAUAUACACCAGAAAUCAAGCAAACAAAUACGGAAUCAACAGAACUCACUAUGGACGAAGAGGACAUCACAGGAUACAUGUGCCCAUAUGAAAAAUGUGGGCGCGUGUUCUCAACGCGUAGCAACGUAGUGGCACAUAUCAAAAGGCAACACAACGGUAUGCCAAUACACCCGAGCCAGCAACAUACACACAACGCAAACUGUGGCUGUCCCAUGCAUUAAACCUAGAGGA